AUGGCGAACAAUCAGAUAUCUGAGAAGCCAGCCGGCUUUACUUUGACCGCCGAGGCUUUGGAAAAUGCUCUUCCGAACAUGGCAAUGGCCACGAAGGCUAUUCAUGCGGAUGAUUUCGUCAGCCCUCAUCGUGCUAUCGCGCCUGGAAUGCAUGUUGCCACAAAUUACCGAUAUGCCAGAGAUCCUGAUUAUCUAGUUGAAAUGGAAAACAACGAUCCGAAUGCGCCAUUCGACUCACAUGUUUACUCCCGUUAUUCGGCCCCUAACACCAGUCGGCUCGAAGUUUUGCUCGGUAGCCUCUUUGGUAGCCAGACAGUCACGUUCUCUACCGGCCUCUCAGCAUUCCAUUCAAUGAUGAUCUUACUGAAUCCGAAGCGCAUCUUUAUUGGAGAUGGCUAUCACGGCUGCCAUGGUGUGAUUGACGUGAUGAGCAAACUGACGGGACUUCAAAAAUUUGACCUGACGGAUCUGGACCACUUGGGCGCUGGGGACGUCAUCCAUGUCGAAACACCUUCAAAUCCCACCGGCGAAGCACGAAAUCUUGCCUAUUACUCUGCCAAAGCCCGUCAGAAAGGCGCGUUUCUGACUGUGGAUUCAACAUUUGCCCCACCGCCGCUACAAGACCCUUUGCAAUUCGGUGCAGACAUAGUGAUGCACAGCGGAACCAAGUAUGUGGGUGGUCACUCGGACAUGCUAUGCGGAAUUUUGGUUGUGCACCCGGAUCGUGUCCAAGAAGGGUGGGCCGAAACCCUUCACGCAGAGCGCAGAGUGCUCGGCAAUGUUAUGGGUAGCUUUGAAGGAUGGCUUGGAAUGAGAUCUAUCCGCACAAUGCACUUGAGGGUGCUGAGACAGGCAGAUACGGCCAGAAAGCUAGUUCACUGGCUGAACGAACAGCUGCAAAGCCCACAAACAGUCAUUUCCAAGGUCCUAGAUACUGUGAAGCACGCUUCGCUGCAGGAUGAGGCCUUGGAUGGUGGUUGGCUCCAAAAGCAAAUGCCUGGUGGAUUUGGUCCUGUUUUCUCUAUAAUAGCCAAGAGCUCAGAACUUGCCAAACGUUUGCCUAGCAGGUUGUAUAUUUUUCAGCAUGCAACUAGCGUUGGGGGCGUGGAGAGCUUGAUGGAGUGGCGAGCCAUGACACACAAAGGCUGUGAUAAACGGCUGCUUCGCAUCAGCUGCGGUAUUGAAGAGUUAGAUGAUCUCAAGUCAGACUUGGUUCAAGGCAUGAAGUCAUUAAUGCCCGAAGACGAGACUCUCAGUGUGAUUUGA